CAUAGCUCCGGUACCUCCAACAAGGCUGCCUUGGCUCCGUCCAACCAACCACUUGCGGUCGCGACAUCCUCCAUCCAGAAAGCUCCAGCUGGUCGAGAGCUCAUCCUGCCAACCACCAUCGCCCAUCGACGACAGCGGCGCCCUCUCCUCCCUUCCAGCCUCGAGCCCGAGCUUCCCACGCAUUACAGCCUCCGGUCCUCAUCUCCUAUCUCGAUUCUCGUCCGCCGUCCACGAUGGGGUACAACUUCCUGUACAGCACCGGCUAUGUAACGUCCGCCCUGGUCGUUGUUGGGCUUUACAUGCUCUUCACCGGCAGUGGCGAGCGGUUCAAUGUCGGCGCUUUCCUCGAAUCUAUAUCACCUCACGCGUGGGCUGAUCUUGGUAUCUCCCUGUGUAUCUCGCUGUCCGUCGUCGGCGCUGCAUGGGGUAUCUUCAUUACCGGCUCCUCUAUCCUCGGCGCUGGUGUCAGAGCUCCUCGCAUCCGAACAAAGAACCUGAUUUCCAUCAUCUUCUGCGAGGUCGUCGCCAUCUACGGCGUCAUCAUGGCCAUCGUCUUCUCUUCCAAGCUCACCUACGUGAAUGGCGCCGAGAUGGAGUCCGCGGCUGCCUACUACACUGGCUAUGCCCUCUUCUGGGCCGGCCUGACUGUCGGCGGCUGCAACCUUGUCUGUGGCGUUGCCGUUGGCAUCAAUGGUAGUGGAGCUGCUCUUGCCGAUGCGGCUGACCCUUCGCUCUUCGUCAAGAUUCUCGUCAUCGAAAUCUUCAGCUCUGUCCUUGGCCUUUUCGGGCUCAUUAUCGGUCUUCUGGUCCAGGGCAAGGCUGGUGAAUUCGGCGCCGUCGCGUAAAUAACGAUCUUCACGAUUAAAAGGUAUCGGUCGAAACACUUCGGUACGAGAACCACUUGUGUGAAGCACAAGAGGGGCGAGCAGAUGACGGAUAAUCGAGCUGGCACGACAUGGGCACAAACACGCCCAUGUUGUGGAAGAUGUCUCGCAUUUACAAUCCCACCGCAGGAUUGAUCGGCGUUUGGAAGACAUGGUCUGCUUUUUCUCAGAUGGGGCAACGUGCAUCGUGGUAUAUAGCAAAUUGUGCACUAUUAUUAUUCUGUAACAACACGUUCGAACUUAGCUAAGCGCCUGUUGUCAUACUUGAAGUCUUGCUCCCUGUAUUUAGCUCACCACUUUCCACGGCCAUUCUGGCUUCUCGCGUGCUCGCAAUAUGCGUGCGCUCUGUGCCAGCUGGUCCCUGCUGCCUGGUGCGUUCUUAGCUGGUCUUAUUAUUCCUAUCGACCACCUCUUA